UCUUUUCCUGCACAGAGAGGAAACUCAGUCAUAAUAUUGCUUGAGUGCGUGUGCAUCAUUCCCCGGGGCACACACACACACACACACACACACACACUACCGCACGCAGUAACACACACACCACGCACUCGCAUACACAGUAAAACUCAUACAUGCCUUAUGCUCAUGACAGUAUGCUACACACACACACACACACACACACACACACACACACACACCAUAUAUAACACGUAAUGUGAAAAAGUGUUGAAUAUUGUAUUGUGAAGUAUCCGCAGAAUUACACACGCACGCACGCACGCACAGACGGACAACAGUGCAAAUUUAUAUUAAUGCAUUGCCUGUGUAUUGUGAGCAUAACAAACGGAACACAAGCUGAGUAGUGGAAGGGGGAAAAAAAGUUAGCGUUUUGAAGGCUGUAAGGAAAAAAAAGUUAAUAAUAAUUCUCAACAUUGGAAGGAAAAUAAAUUUACGCUCUCAAGACUGCAAGAAAAAAAAAAGUUAACUGGUUCUCAAGACUGGAAGGAAAAAGGAAAAUAAAUAAAUAAUAACGUUCUAAAGACUGCAAGGGGAAAAAAAAUAACUAGUUCUGAGGAGUGGCAGGAAAAAACGCAUCUAAUUUUUUGGGCCUAAUAACCUAAUAAGAGUUUUAGCAAUGCAGAAGCUAAAAACAUUAAUGCUAUGCUGCCUGUGUGGCCUGUACUUACUGUUCUUCCAUCACCUCACCACCGUCGCCAUCACGUCACACAAGCCUGCUGCGAAUCGUAAUCAUGUUCCUGCCACCUCUUCACUACUGACGGAGGAGGAAUACGAAGUGGAAGUCUCAUUAGAGGAAGCCAGCCACCAGCGGAGGGCGUCACCCACAACACACGCACUGGGUUCCCUAGGAGAGACUCAGAGGAUCCUGGUUUAUAAUUUAGGAACAGCUGCUGAGUACCUCCCCCUGCCCCCCACCAGACCCCUCCUCAAAUACUCCUCCUCCUUAUCCCUCUAUAUCCAGAAUUCACGAAGGAAAGAGAAGAAGAAGGAGAAGGAGGAGGAGGUAAAGGAAGGAGAGGAGGAGGAAGCUGCAAACUUUUCCUCUGUCCUUUCUUUAUCUUCUUCCUUUUUGUCUUCUUCCUCUAUUCCCUUUUCUUCGGCCUCUUCCUCAUUUUCCGCCUCCUCCAUUCCUUCUUUCUCCUCUUCUCCUUCCUCCAAUCCUUCUUUCUCAUUUUCCUCUACCGUUCCUUCGUCUUUCUUUUCCUCCUCCAUUGCUUCUUUCUCCUCCUCCUCCAUUCCUUCUUCUUUCUCCUCCUCCUCCACCGCCCUGGACCUAGUGGAGGAGCUGCUGGAGUUGGUGGAGCACGUGGAGAUGACCUGUUUAAAACUUCUGAAGCAAGGAGGGAGGACUUGCCAACGACUUCCUGAUGGAGAUAAAAAGGUGUGUUCGGACCCCCUCGUGGCGCCGACUUGGGCAUCGUGCCUGGUGUACUCGUUCGGCCUCGGCCACGACUUCACCUUCGACGUGGCCAUGGCGCAGCUCGGGUGUGAGGUCUUUGUGUUUGAUGAUGACCAGUACCACGACAUUUACAACAGCCAUCCAUUUACCAGGAUUCACUUCGGCCACGUGCGUCUCGGUACCAAGGUGCUGUAUCAGGUGGUGGAGGACAAGGUGAGGAACAGCACCUACGCUUACAUGUACCGGCCACUGGACAACCUCAUGUACCUCCUGGGACACACGCGGGCCUCUAUCAACCUGCUGAAGAUGGACAUUGAAGGGGAUGAGUGGAAGGUGUUCAAUGAGUCUAUAUUUAAGACUGAUAUUCUAGCACGUGUGGGACAGCUGGCUAUUGAAAUACAUAUGACGGAUUUUCUGAAGCCAAACAUCACAGCAGAGGAAACAGUAACGGCCCUCUACAAGUACAUUGCCUUCUUCACGACCCUUCGCUCUCGUGGCUUUCGUCUCGCCUACUAUGAGCCAAAUUACUUGAGUCCUACCUUCGCUACCGUGGCUGGCAUCACGUUUUCUAUCCUGGCUGAGCAGCUGUGGAUUAACACACUCUUCCGCCCACCACCUCGCCGCCUCUACAGCAACACUCGUGCCUAUAAAGCAGUUGAAUAUGUAGGUGAUCUAAUGUAGCUGAAAGAUUGAGGAUGCUGGUUAACUCUUGCAGUAGGGAGGUGGACUGAAUUGGGAUGAAAGUAGAAAGUAUUGUGUGUGUGUGUGUGUGUGUGUGUGUGUGUGUGUAUGAUUUGACACGAAAGAUGGGAAUACUGGUUAACUCUUGCAGUAGGGAGGUGGACAGAGUAGAUAUGAAAGUAGAAAGCAAAUUAAUGUGUAUUUUCUUUAUCUAGUUUUUGCUCUCUCUCUCUCUCUCUCUCUCUCAGGAUAUUUUUCUUUAAUAUCUAUAGAAAAGAGAGAAGAAAUGCUAGCCUAAGUAUAAUUAAAAUAACACCUGCGCAAUACGUCAGACAAGGAAAGUUUGUCUCAAUAUGCUCAAAAUAAUCUACCCAGCCUUGUAUUUUGGACGUGUUUCUUCCUGUUUCCCUAGUGACGCAUUGUAAUCAGGCUGUGGUGUUGUUCACGUUGCUUUCCUCCUCGUCAGGCUUGGUCCGUGUUCUAAAACGCUUUGGUCUCUCACCCCGGCUAUUUUCAAGGCCACAGAGAUGAUCAGCAGGGUUCUCAAUAGUGUUUCUCCUCUUCUUAAUGUAGAAAUCUUGUUCAUCUGUCAUUAAAGUUGUAAAAACAUCCUUAAAACGCUUUGCUCUCU